AUGAGGCUGUCCUGGGGGCUCUUCCUGCUCAUGGUGGCACUGGGGGAGACAGCUGCCGCCCGCUGCCCCACACCCUGUGUCUGCGACAACCUCCGUGGCCAUGUCCUGUGCCUCAACAGGAGCCUGAUGGCCAUCCCCACCACCAUCCCUCAGCUCACCAAGAAACUGGACCUUCGGGGCAACAGCUUCACGGUUAUCCCAGCGGGAGCCUUCCUUGGCACCCCGUACCUCACGCACUUGGACCUGCAGCGAUGCAAGGUGGAGAAGCUGGAGGAAGGGGCUUUCCGAGGGCUGGGGAGGCUGGUCCACCUCAACCUGGCCUCCAAUGACAUAGCCGUCCUCUACCAGGAGUCCCUGGACGGGCUGUCCUCCCUCCAGCAGCUCAUUCUGGAGGGGAACCGCAUUGAGGAGAUCCAGCCAGGUGCUUUUGGCCAUCUGGGGUCCCUCACUGUCCUCGACCUGAGGACAAAUGCCUUGGUCUACCUCCCAGACAUGGUCUUCCAGGGCCUGGCAGUCCUCAGGUGGCUCCGGCUGUCCCACAACACCCUCCAUGUGCUGGGCAGCGAGGCCUUUGCUGCCCUGCCCAUGCUGCGCAGGCUGAGCCUGGACCACAACGAGCUGCAGGCGUUGCCUGGAGAGGCCCUGGCCAGGCUGGAUGGGGUGACCCGACUGGACAUGGGCCAUAACCCCAUCACCUGCCUGGCUGAGGAGGCGCUGGCCAUGGCCUCCCUGAAGCACCUCUUCCUGGACCACGCAGCCCUGCAGGACGUGGCGGCCGAAGCCUUCACCCGCAGCCCCCGGCUGCACACACUGGACCUGCACGCUAACCAGCUGCAGGGGCUGCCGGCCCUGGCUGGGGCUGGGGCACUGGUGAGGGUCAACCUGGCCAGCAACCCCCUGCUCUGCUCCUGCCUCCUGCGCCCCUUCCAUGACUGGCUGGUGAGGGAGCGGGUACAGGUGGAGGGGACCUGUGCAGCACCCGCUGCCCUCCGUGGCCAGCCCCUGGACUCGCUGAGCCCCCCCAAGAUGAGAUGUGGCCAUCACGAGCUGCCCCCCACCCCUGCCACACCGUCAGAGCAGCUGAGGGCAGGCGGCAGCAGGCAGUGCCCCCAUGGGUGCUCCUGCUCCCCUGAUUCCCACCACGGAUCCUGUGAGAACAGGGGCCUGCAGGAGAUCCCCCAGGGCUUCCCCAGGGACACCCGCCUGCUCGACCUGCGCCGAAACACCUUUGGGGUGGUGCCACCGAGCGCUUUCCCUGGCCUGAAGGAGCUGGUGUCCCUCCACCUGCAGAGCUGCAGCAUCAGGGCACUGCACCCUGGAGCGCUGCAGGGACUCGAGAGCCUAGUCUACCUGUACCUCACUGACAACCGCCUCUCCACCCUGGCAGCCACCGCCUUCGAGGGUGCCCCACAGCUGGCCUACCUCAACCUGGACCGUAACGCCUUCACCAGCCUGCCCACAGGGGCCUUCCAGCUCCUGCCCAACCUCAUCUCCCUCCAUCUGCAGCACAAUGCCAUUGGGGAGCUGGCAGAAGGUGACCUGGCUGGGGCAGGGGGGCUGCGCUGGCUCUACCUGGCUGGGAAUGCCAUCAAGCACAUCUCUCCCACUGCCCUGGCUCCCACUGCGAUGCUGGAGAAGCUGCACCUAGAGGGAAACCAGCUGGCAGAGGUGCCCACAGCAGCCCUGCAGGGCCUGCCUGCCCUGAGUGAGCUGAAGCUGUCCUGCAACCCCAUCAAGCGCAUGAGGGACAGAGUGUUCCUGCCCGUGGCCUCCAGCCUGCAGCACCUCUACCUGGACAACAUGGGCCUGCAGCAGAUUUCUCCCGGUGCCUUCACUGGCCUUGGCCCCAAGAUCCGAAGCCUCUACCUGGAGGGCAACAAGAUGAGCAGCAUCCCCAGUAUGAGCAACUUCACUGGGCUGGAGAUCCUUAACCUGCGGGAUGUGCCUUUCCACUGUGACUGCCAGCUCCUUCCCCUGCGCCGAUGGAUUGACAAACUCAACCUCCGUGUAGGGGCCACCUGUGGGUCCCCUACAGAAGCCAGAGGGCUGAAAGUGAAGCUUGCCACCACCUUCCAAACCUGCCCUGGCUGGAGAGACAAGACCAAGGCUGCAAGCAAGCCCAGCAAGAAAAAGAGGUCAAGAAAAUCACCAGCCAGAGGCUUCAAAAAGAGCAGAGCUUAGGGAAUGUGCAGGCUCCAACAGGAUUUCUAGACUUGUCCCCACCAGAGCAACAUAAAUAUGGAACAAGAUUCAAAGGAGAAAGGCUGGUGCCACCAACGUGAUGUUCAUUUGCCAAAGAUACGGGGUUUGGUUUUGCAGGACACAGAGACACGACCCUGGAAAGACCUGGGACAGAAAGUUUCUGCAGUGUUUGAAGCAUGCUUUGAUGACUUGAACAACAAAGACAAAUCCUUGCUUUUUGUUCCCAAGGCUCCAUCCAGCCAUACAGAAGAGCUGGAAUCCACAAGCUUCAUUUUGUUUUUACAAGUGGGACUGCAAACGGCACCAGUGAAAGAUCCUGCGCACACUCAGGUCUUAAGAGCAGGAAAUGCAAAAAUUAUCAUGAGUGAAAACAUUGCCUGA